AUGGAAGCUUUAAUCGACUCUGGAGCAUUAGCAUGUUUCUUAGACCUAGCUUUAGCUCGAGAACUCAACUUACCUAUUUACGAAAAGGAGAUGCCAUUGUCAGUUGAGAUAGUUAACAGAACUAGCUCUGCUAAUAAAGAGCAAAUUUUCAUAGUUCAAGUUUUUCUUACUGGGGCAGUUGACCUCUACCAUACUAACAAAGGGUCAUCUUCAAUGGUUUCAGAAAAGUACCAAGAAUUUAGUGACAUUUUUAGUGAAAAAAAAGCCUAUAAAUUACCCAAAAACUAUCAAUAUAACUGUGCAAUCGACCUAUUACCUGAUAUGCAGCCUUCUUGGGGUCCCAUUUACGAAUUAUCUACACAAGAACUUGAAACCUUAGAGGAUAUAUUAAGGAAAAUUUAG